UGAUAUUGGAACAUUGAGGUGAAACGGUUAAUGAUAUAACGUUGUCAUGUGAUAAUUGACGCUUCUCGUCGUUAUUAACGUCAGCUUCUACGUUAACUUGACAUCACUGUCGGAACACUUUGCAUGGUUUGCGAAAUAAUUGCAUAAUUGGAUAAGUGAUUCUCAAGGCACGUGGUGCAAACAAUAUUGACCAAAUUAGAAAAUGGUGAAAACCAGGAACUGUGAGAGUACCGAUGGGGACGAGAGAUCCUUGGCAGAACUGAACAAAGUUUUGAUCAUACCAGUUUCUGACGUUGAGAAACAACUUGGAGACGCUGACAGAGAUGUGAAAUGCCCGAAAGUAGACAGCAGCACCACGGAGGUGAAAACCUUCAACACACGUUGGCUUCAGCUCCUACUAUUCUUCCUGUGUGGCGCGAGCAAUGGGAUCCACUGGUAUCAUUUCACAGUCGUCAACAACGUGGCACGCAGGUAUUACGGCGUUUCCUCGUUGGCGAUCGAAUGGACUACGACGAUUUUUAUGCUAACAUACGUUGUUCUCCUGGUACCAGCUUCUUACUUGAUGGAUCGCGUUGGCUUGAGGUUGACGGUACUCAUAGGCGCUACUGGCACGUGUAUCGGGUCUUGGAUCAAGGUUUUGGCAACGUCUCCGGAUGGUUUCGUCGUGGCAUCUAUAGGGCAGUGCUUUUUCGCCGUCUCUUAUCUUUUCAUACUCACCGUUCCCGGGCGAUUGGCUGCUUACUGGUUCGGAACCAGUCAAAUUGCCUUGGCCACAACCAUUGGUUUCUUUGGCCCGCAGGCAGGCUACGUUAUUUGUGUUCUCAGUACUUCGAUGCUAGUACAAAACCACGAAAGAAUUGAGGACAUCGGCAACGAUUAUUCAAGGCUGUUUUGGGCCGGGGCGAUUGCCUGCAGCAUCGUCACUGUGAUCUUAUUCCUGCUUUUUCAGGACGAACCCGGUCAACCACCGAGCACCGCAAGGGCACUCGCAAAAGUAACCCGCGAAUCCCGCAAUACGGAAGGUUAUUUGUCGGUGUAUAAAAGAGUUUUGAGCAACAAGAAUUUUCUCAUGCUCUGGAACUCAUUUGGGCUACUCCUGGGGGCUGUGAUGACAAUGGGAACUAUGCUUAAUCCGUUUUACAUGAUUCACUUCAAGGACGAUGAAAAAGGCGUAGGAAUUCUGUCAUUUUUCUCAAUUUUGACGGGAUGUAUCGGCUCUGCUGUGUGCGGUGCGAUUCUCGACAAAACGAAAGCAUUUAGAGUAAUCUCCAUCGUGGCUAGUUGUACAUCAAUAUUCGGAGCAAUUCUGUUCGCGGCAAGCUUCGUGAUGGAGAUAAAGUGGAUGUUAUUCGCCAGCUACAUACUUUUUGGCGGUCCGGUAUUAGGUUACUCAACGGUUGCUAUGGAUUUGUGUGCCGAAAUUACUUACCCUGAACCAGAAGCUAUCACCACGGGAAUUCUGAACAUGGCUACUCAACUGUACGGGUUUUUGCUGGUACUGAUUACUGGCAGGAUACUUGAAGCCUUCGGAGAUGUGGCAGGUCACGGAUGUGUGGUCGUGUCACUCGUCCUAGGAACCGUGCUGGUCAUCCUUAAUAAAGGCGAGCUUCGUCGUCAGAAAGCUGGACAAUCAGCUACUGUCAAUGAGACACACGCCAUCUUUCCCCAGGAAUAGACGUUGUAAAUUAAGUGAUUUUGGUUGCAAAUCAAUUAUAGAAAUUUUCCAGAUUGAUUGUUCAAUGUUUUGACCGUCAAAUUAUACUGAGUUUUCUAUACAAUGUUUCUCAUCGUAGAUUGAUAAUUUUUAUGAAAAGCUUCAAUUUCGGCGGGUCGAUUAAUUUCAAUUUGAUUUCUGUGUAAUCAGCCUCAACUUUACAGUAAUCAUUCAUGUGCACUGUAGUCUGACUUCAUGUUGAUAAAAUAUCGCUGGUUCAUAA